AUGGUUCUCUUCGUGCUCCCACUUGUACUGCUGGCAGCCCUCGUACUCUACUAUACCCGCAAGACCUCCCAACGACCACCGAAUGGCGCCAUCGCCGCACCUGGCCCUAAAGGCCUCCCAGUCGUUGGAAAUGCACAUCAGCUGUCCUCGCAGCCGCACCGCCAGAUCGUCAAAUGGGCGCAGGAAUUCGGCGAAGUGUACAAGAUCCGCCUCGGAUGGAACGACUGGUACAUGCUGUGUUCGCCGGACGCUGUUAAAGAAGUCCUAGAUCGCCAGAGUGCGCAUACGAGCUCGCGGGCACCGAGCCCUGUCGCGAGCGAUGCGUUGAGCGGCGGGAUGCGGUUUUUGUUCAUGCCGUAUGGACCUGAGUGGAGGAAGUUAAGGAACAUUAGUCAUAGGUUGUUGACGCCGAAUGUAAGCGCGACGUUUAAACCAAGUCAGGAGUGGGAGGGUAAGAUGUUGCUUGAGGAAGUUCUGAAGGGGGCAGAGGGAGAGAAGCUUGGGAAUGAGAAGAGCUAUAUGGCGGUCAGGAGGUAUACGGUCAGUGUUAUUAUGACAAGUACGUAUGGAAGGAGGAUUCCGGAAUGGGAAUGCGAUGAGGUGAGGGAGAUCUAUGGCAUUAUGAACGAUUUUUCGACGGUUGCAGCGCCAGGCGCUUUUCUGGCUGAUACGCUGCCCGUUUUGGGAUUGCUGCCCGUGUCCUUGCAGUGGUGGCGCAAGGGGCUUAAGCCGCUAUUCGAGAGACAGGCAAAUCUCUGGAUGAAGCUUUGGGGUGGGUUGAAGACGCAAAUGGAAACUGGCCAGGCGCCAGAGUGUUUCGUUAAGCAGGUCAUUGAGAGCGGUUAUGAGAAGCAAGGUGUCAGCGAACUCCAAGCUGCGUUUCUCGCCGGAUCUUUGAUCGAAGCUGGAUCAGAGACAACGUCUGCUGGCAUCAACACCGCGAUCCUGUACCUCGCCGCCAACCCCGCAGUCCGACGAAAGGCAUACGAGGAGUUAUCGCGAGUCGUAGGACCAUCACGCUCCCCAACCUUCUCCGACGAACCCAACCUCCCCUACAUUCGCGCCAUCGUCAAAGAAACAAUGCGCAUCCGGCCUGUAACUAAUAUUGGAACCCCUCAUUUUACCACCGCUCCAAUCAUCUACAAGAACAUCCACAUUCCCGCCAACAGCGUCGUCGCAAUCCAGCAAUACGCAAUCCACUACGACCCAUCGCUCUUCCCCGACCCCGAAUCCUUCAAGCCGGAGCGCUACCUGUCGUUUCCCGAAAAGGCAGGUUUCUAUGCCGCCGGCGGCGCAGACAAACGGGAUCAUUGGUCUUUUGGCGCUGGCAGACGGAUUUGCAGUGGGUUGCAUUUGGCUGAAAAUAGUAUGUUUGUAGUGCUAGCGAAAGUGCUUUGGGCGUUUGAUGUCUUACCGCCGUUAGAUGCGAGUGGGGGGGAGGAAGAGAUGGAUGUGAGUGAUGAGGCGUUUAUGCCAGGCGGGAAUACAGUGCCUAAGCCGUAUAGGGCGAGGUUUGUCGUUAGGAGUGAGGAGGUGAGGAAGACUAUUGAGAGAGAGGCGGAGGAAGCGAGGAGGGUAGGGUAUGUUUUGAGGGGCGUGCAGGUUAUGGAUGAGGGAGGAGAUUGAGCUGGCAUGAGUGGUGGGUAUGUAAAACCCUCAAGCAGUACAGCAU